AUGUAUCACUCACCUUUCCUGGGGGUGUCUCAUUUCCCGUGGGAGAGGCCCAAGGACGCAUAUAAAAAGAUCCCUUUGCUCCAAGCUCUUCAUUCACUCGAUCGAGACAACAGCUCCAUUGGUUCGAGCACAUUUGCCGAAGAAGACAACCGCAGAAAGAUGUCUCAGCAAAUACAGACCGGAAGCUGCUGUUCUGCAGGAAGCAGUGGAGGCAGCUCUUGCUGCGCUGGAUCUUCUGGUGGAGCCCUACAGAUCCAAGGAGGUUCCUCGGGCUGCUGCGGCGGAUCCAGACAGCGCGUCGUCGUCGUCCAAGGAGGCCAAGGAUCAUCCUGCUGCGGCGGUGGUGGUUAUGGCGGGCUUCAACAGAUUCGUGGAUCUGGACUUGGGUACUACGGCGGUAGCGGCGGCGGCGCAGUCUGUUGCAGCAGCGGUGGCCAUGGUGGCGUUUGCUGUGGCAGCAGCGGUGGCAGCGGCGGCGGCGCAGUCUGCUGCAGCAGCGGUGGCCAUGGUGGCGGUGCCGUCUGUUGCAGCAGCGGGGGCAGCGGCAUGGGACAGUCCGGGCAGGUCAUCGUGGUCCCAACUGGAGGUUACGGCGGACAGUCUUCUGGGUGUUGCGCUGGGGUCGGAUCUGGCUUUGGCGGUGGCUUGUGCCAGCAAAAAGUGCCCAUGAUGGGCAUGGGUGGUGGCAGUGGAGGAGUUUGCUGUGGGGGGCUCGGUGGGGGGCUCGGUGGGGGGCUCGGCGGUGGGGUCCCUGUUGUUGUAGCCGGUAGUGGCAGCGGCCGGGGAGCUUCCUGUUGUGCUUCGAGUGGGUCCAGUGGGGGAGCUUCCUGUUGUGCUUCAAGCGGGUCCAGUGGGGGUGGAGUGAAGGUUGUAGAUGCUGGGUCCAGUGAUGGUGGAGUUACAGUUGUCACUGGUGGGUCCGGCGUCGGAGGAGUGAAGGUUGUAGAUGCUGGGUGCAGUGAUGGUGGAGUUAAGGUUGUCGGUGGAGGGUCUGGUGGUAGUGGAGGAGCUGUAUGUGUAAGCUCUGGCAGCGGAGGCUCCGGUGGAGUUAAGGUUAUAGGAUCUGGGGGUGGCCUUGGAGGAGGCCUUGGAGGAGGCCUUGGAGGAGGAAGUUCUGGUGGGAAGUCAGUUGUGGUAUCCAGCGAUGGAGGAAGCGGUUCGGCGUGUUGCGCUACAGGGGGAUCUAGCGGGGGAACCAUCGUUGUUUCCACCGGUGGUUCUUCUGCUGGACCUAUGAUGGGGCAAACCAAGCAGCCUUUCUCACUGCCACGUCACUUCAAGUAAGAUCUGUUUGGAACGAUGGUUCAAGCCAAAGGGGGGAAAUGUACCUACACUCGAUGUACACCUCCUCUUCAUGGUGUCAGGUUAAGCUGACGACCCUUUGCAUGUUGCAUUCCUCGAGCUUCUCUUCACUUUUUAGUAUUUAAUGUGUUUCUGUAAAUCCUGACGUAUGUGAUUGUUUGCAUGGUCUUUGGGGUGGCAAGUUUAACGAUAACCCUUCUACUGAUUUCCUGCUUCAUUCUCCAUUAUUGCA